AUGCUCCGGCAAAUCAGAAAGAUGCAUGUCAAGGCAAUUAAGAUGAGAUGGUUGACCGGUGGGGUCAACUACAGUUACCUGUUGUCUACGCAGGACAAGAGCAAAUCGUGGUUGAUCGAUCCAGCAGAACCGCUUGAAGUGUUGCCAGAACUGAGCCAGGCGGAGCAAAACAGUGUUGAAGCAGUGGUGAACACGCAUCAUCACUACGAUCACUCCGGUGGGAACUUAAUGGUGGCGAAAGAACUGGAACGGGUGAAACAGGGCCAUGUCAAGGUGAUUUGCGGCAGCAAAACGUCGCCUGCCGCGACAGACGUGCCUCAGCACGGCCAAGAGUACAAACUAGGAGACCUGUUGGUUAAGUGUAUCCGGACGCCUUGUCACACGCAGGACUCGGUGUGUUAUUUCGUGCGGGACCCGCACACGGGCGAGCGGUGCAUCUUCACGGGCGACACGCUGUUCACGGCCGGUUGUGGUAGGUUUUUCGAGGGCAACGGCGAGGAGAUGGACCAAGCAUUGAACCGUCGGAUCCUGGACGGUGUCGGCGAGCCGAACUGGGACACUACCAAAGUGUUCCCGGGCCACGAGUAUACCAAGAGCAACGUCAAGUUCGUGCGUCAGGCCGUGUACACACGGCCGGGCGAAAACGCGGCGCUGGACAAACUAGAGCAUUUUUGUUCGCGCAACGACGUCACUACGGGCUGUUUCACGGUUCGCGAUGAGCUCGAGUACAACCCGUUCAUGCGUUUGGACGACCCGACUGUUCGCGACGCUGUCAGCGACGUUGAGGGUUGCCUGUCGCGUGCAGAGGUCAUGAACAGACUGCGCAAGAUGAAGAAUGCGGCAUAG